CCGCGGUUUGAGUCCAAGUCGCGCGAAAUAUUCCCGCAAAAUAUCAUUUGCAAUCUCAGCACCGAACAGAGUAGACCGACGUCACGUUUUCUCUUGCAAGAUCGAGUGCAAUUUUUCUUUGAUUAGAGGUUGAAAUUUACAGUUUUUGAUCUCCAAAACUCAUCUAAACGUACCAGACACUCAUUUUGAGCAGAAUCUGUUAUUUUGUUUCUUUUUUUCGUCUCGCACCAAAUCAAAUUCCAAGAUGUUUGAGGCUAAAAUGUUGCAGAGCACUGUGCUCAAAAAGGUCGUCGAGUCACUGAAGGAUCUCUUCCCAGAAGCAAACUUCGACUGUUCAUCAUCGGGUAUCUCACUACAGAACAUGGACUCCAGUCACGUUGCCCUUUGUUCCCUGAAGUUGAAGAAUGAUGAGCAAGGCUUUGAGAAUUAUCGCUGCGACAGAAACCUUACACUGGGCCUUAACCUCACACUUUUGUCCAAGAUUUUGAAAUGUGCCGGUAACGACGAUGUAGUCACAUUGAGGGCCACAGAAGACGGUAACACAUUAACGUUCGUCUUUGAGUCGAAAUCAACAGAGAAGACAUCAACAUACGACAUGAAGCUCAUGGAGAUCGACAGCGAAGCUCUUGGAAUUCCGGACUCCGACCACAGUUGCGUUAUCAAGAUGCCCUCACAUGAGUUCCAGAGGAUUUGCAGCAAUCUUAGUCAGCUAGGAGACUCCGUCACCAUCGACUGCCACAAAAACAGAGUAAACUUCAAGGUUGCCGGCGACCUGGGAUCAGGCUCCAUUGAGUUGAAACCCAGCACAAACAUCGACAAGGAAGAGGACCAAGUAUCUGUGGACCUUAAGGAAUCCUGCACCCAGAGUUUUGCUCUGAAGUUCCUGUGUGCUUUCACCAAGGCUACAUCCCUCUCUGAUACCGUCAACCUCUCCCUUACCGUCGAAGCUCCAAUUGUUGUGGAGUACCCCAUCGCUGAACAUGGCCACCUUCGCUUCUACCUUGCACCCAAAAUCGAGGAGGAAAAUGAAUAACUUACCCUUAACGCUAAUUACUUAAUACUCAAAAAGGAAACUUGUACAAAUUAACUUGGUUUAUACCCGUUUGAAAAGGUGAACAAAAAAAGGAGACAGUAGAACUGAACUUCUUGACUGCAGGACUUGCACAAACUUUCUAUUCCAACAAGAUACGCUUUUGACCAAACUUGUGAUUGGCAUUAAUGUUAACCCUUUGACUUUAAUCAACGUUGCAGAGAAACGAUAGCAAGGUUCGAAUUGAACGUUAACUGACCGUUAUAAGUCUUGUACUAUAUGCAUUUCAAAUAUCACUAGAGCGAAAGACUUGGACAUUAUAUUUGAUUAAAUAAUUAUUUAAUUUGUAACUGAUGCUGCAGACUUGCAAGGGCAACAAAAACCAAAGGAAUUCGUUCUCGUCAUCACGGCACUUAACAUUACUCGAUAAGUAUAUUGCUAUGUAUUUAUGUAAAUUACCCUGUGUUCAUGUAUGAUGUGAACAUUAUGGUUCCAACUGUAAGAUACAUGUGUAUGUUUUGGCCAAGUUCUCAAGUAUAACAAAAAUUCUAUCCUUAUUAAAAUAAAAACAUGGAACUAAUUUUACGGCUAAGUUCCUUUUAAAAAUUUAUGAAAAAGUAAAAUAUUUCUAGAAUUCAGGUGUGUAACACUACAUUUGUAAAAUGUAUAAAUUAUACGGAGAGUUACAAAAAAUAUUUGCUUAUCCCUUAUAAAAUAGAAGUUUGUGUUGUCUUAUAUAUAGAAAGAGAAAAUAAAUAUCGCAUCUCUGUCGGGAGUUAAACA